GUUUGUUUGAGAAACUAGGUCAACCAACAGAAAGGUGUCGAAGUUGCGCUCCUUUCUCCGGCUAUAUAAACCCGCUCGGUAUCGAUCCUCGACAUCAGUUCUCCAACUUUUCACCAACACUCAACAUGAAGCUGUUUGUCAUCGCUGCUCUCUUGGCCGUCGCUGCCGCCGCUACUUCCAGCUACGACAAGGAAUACAAAGCUCCGGAGAUCACCAUCGUGAGCCAAUCCGAUGUCCGCAACCUAGACGGCAGCGGCGCAUGGAGCUAUGCUGGAUCUGAUGGCACCACUCGCGAUGAGUCUUACGCCCAGAAGAAGUUUAUCGUCACUAAAUAUGAUGACUACGGCAAGGAAUACAAAGAGGAGGUCUUUGGUCACACCAGCAAGGGAUCUUCUUACUGGAUCUCUCCCGAAGGCGAGCGCCUCACUUUGACCUGGAUUGCUGAUGAUGCCGGAUUCCAGCCCAAGGGUGACCACUUGCCCGUUGCCCCCGUCCACGUCUACGAGCUCCCAGUUGCCCCCGUUCACGAAUACGAACUCCCAGUUGCCCCAGUACACAUCCCCUUCAACGGCAAGGGCUACAAGAUCUUCUAAGUGAUUCAAUUUUAAGGCCUGAAUGAACGUUUAAAUUAUUUUGCUAUUUCCAAUUUAACGGAUUUUGAACUGAAUGAAUGUGGACAUGUGGUACUAUGUGUAAAUACAAACAGCAGAUAUGAA